CACAUCAACAUGACCUCUUAUUAUUACCCUUGUAUAUUUUGGUCAGUCACUAUGCAUUGUAGAUUUGUGUAAACUGAUAUUAGAUAUUUAUUACACAACUGGUUUGAUUUAUUUUUUAUAUUAUUGGGGGUUCCUUUUUUGGGACCCAAACGUGCAUUUUCUCAGAUGUGUAUGUUUUUUCACUUGCACGCCUUUGGGUGGAUUACACAGGUCAUGCCGUUGAAAAUGAGGAUGAUCAAUUUCCAGGAGUUUUCAAAAGGAUUCAGUUCAUUUACUCCACGAGCUUCAUUUCGACGGAAGUUCGGGAGCUACAACACGUUUAUUGUGAACCGCCCAUUGGCUGAUACGAAGUCCCUGGCAGUCUCAGAUGGAGACUUGAACAGCCCUGAGGUGGAUGGGCGGCGUGGCAGCAGUCGGAGCCUGAACAGCAACGCCAGCCGGCCCAGUGUGAAGAGUGGGGGUCAUCGUGGUGUUGAGGGGUCAGUGGCCAGCUGGGCGGUCUCCUUUGAAAGGCUCCUUGAGGAUCCCACUGGGGUCCGCUACUUUACGGAGUUCUUGAAAUCCGAAGUUAGUGCUGAGAAUAUACUAUUCUGGCAGGCGUGUGAGAAAUUCAGACAGAUCCCGGCAGAUCACAAAGAUGAGCUUGCCAGGGAAGCUCGGAUGAUUUACGACACCUACCUGUCAAUCAGCGCGUUCAACGCCAUUAACAUUGAUGACACGGCCCGGAUGGAGGAGAGCGAGCUGAGGGACCCCAAGACAGAUAUGUUUGCAAAACCACAGCAGCAGAUCUUUAAACUCAUGAAAUUCGACAGCUAUACCCGCUUUGUAAAGUCCCAGCUGUACCAGAGCUGCAUGCUGGCCAAUGUGGAAGGAGGAUCCUUGCCUGACCUUUGCCCUGGCUCCAGGAGCCCAGGUUCUAUAAAAAGCCCAGCCAAUCACAGCCCAGCAUUGAGCGACUCCUCCAAGAAGAAGAAAAAACUGAAAGUGGGGGUAUCUCUUCCAUUUGACUCAGAAGACUUUGCAUCCAGAAAAAGAGCAACACUGGACAGUCGACAGGGUCCAGAGAAAUCCAGCAAAAGAGACAAGAGGAGAGAGAAGCGAGGCUCCUGGGGAGAAUUCUCUGACCACAGUCAAGCGAUGGUGGGGCGCCGUGAGUCCCAGUCCUCAGUCCAUUCAGCUGCCAGCCUGGAGCUAGGACAACUUGGGUCUCUUACCAACAAAUCUGAGAACGGCAGGUCCAGCCCUCGCUGUCAGGAUGCAGAGAAGGAGGGCCGCACUGUGAAGUACUGCUGUGUUUACCUCCCUGAUGGCACUGCUUCCCUGGCCCCAGCACGCUUCGGGCUCACCGUCCGGGACAUGCUGUCUGGAAUCUGUGAGAAGAGAGGAAUCCCAUUGUCUGGAGUCAAGAUCUAUCUGCAGGACAAGGACAAGCCUCUUUCGCUUGACCAAGACAGCUCUGUCCUGAUGGACAAGCAGGUGAUGUUGGAGACCAGGAUAACAUUUGCGUUAGAAAUGGUGCCUCUCAAUAAAACCAUAGGAAUUGCAGCUAAAUCCAGUAAAAGCUUGCUUGAAGCUCUGGAACCCAUCCUGGGGAAGAAUGGCCUGAAGUUGCAGGAUAUGGAAGCUACAAUUAGUGGAGAAACACAUCCUUUAAAAAUGAACAUGCCAGUCACGUCCCUGGCCAACAAGAAAGUGGUUCUGGACAGAGUAAAAGGUAAAGAUAACACAAACCUCCCCUGUGCUCCAGUGAUCCAGGUUAAUGCGAGAUCAGCAGCAGCAACAGCUGUGGAUGUGAAGAAGGCAGAAAUGUCCUUGCUGGCCAGAAACCAAAUCAGAGGGAACACCAAAGCCAGAAAUGCUAUGCAGAGGAGAACUUGCGAAGUGGACGGACUGAUCGAUCUGCUGUCAAAAGUGCAGAGCUGCCGAGUGGAUGACCAGCGGGGACUUCUGAAUAAGGAGUACUUGGUUAUCCCCCAAUUCCUGCAGCUGCCUGUGAAGGAAGAGGAACCAGAUGAAGAUGAAGGCACCACAGCAGAAGAGACGUUGAUUAGUCCGGGACCUGCCAGCAGCAUGGUCACGGGUGAGGGCUGCAGGCCGCACACUGAAGCGAAUGCAGAAACCAUCUCUGCAUCUUCACGGUCUAAAGAGGCUCUUUCCAAGGAACUGCAUACAAAUGAGCUACUAAACCACAGUGCUGGAGCGGACAGUGAUUCAGACUGUCAACUCUCGCAAAAGCAACCAAGUAGCGAAACGGCAGACAGCAAUGGACCCUCAACACUGGCUCGCUGUGCAAAAACAGAAUCUGGUACUGAAAGCGUUCCGUGACCGGAGAGACAGAUGGAACUUAGAUGCACCUUAAUAAAUAUAGAUUUCAUUUGAAUGUUGAUGGGUUUCGCUUUCAUUUUUGCUUUGACUGGAAGAUAUCCAGCCAUUUUAAAUGCCAACCAGUGAAUUGUAUUUGAAUGAUCCUGUGUUGCACAGGGAAGGACAGCAGCAGUGAGAGGACAGUGUUGAGUUUUUAUUUAUAUUAUUUCUAUUUAUUUAAUCAUGUACUGUAGGAAGAUACACCCCCAGAACCAACCAGACUUUAAACAUUCUUAUUUUAAUUCGAGACAGACCUGCCAACACAUGAAGGCCAGUUUCUAUGUCCAGGAAUUCUUGGUCCGUAUUGCCAGAUAGCAACUCUUGGACUCCUUUUUACUUAUCGAUGCAAAAUAGCAUAAAUUGUCAAAAUUGAUCAAAAUCCCAACCUGAAGGUAAGUUAAGUGCAGUGUCCUUUUAAUAGGAUAACAUGAGUCGUUAAUGUAUUGGAAGAUUAACUACUGUAACUGAAGAAUGUGGUAAGAAAUACAUACAUGUUGACUGGGCCAUGUUAAUUUAUUGUUCAAUGCGCUGAAUACAAUGCAACAUGACUCAUUCACAUCUUCUAUGUUGACACUAUUAGACAUGUGAUUCAAUUAAAUUCACAUGUAUAGCCAACAGUAAUGCAAUUGGGUAUUUUUUUUGUUGUCAUUCUUCAGUUGGGGAAUCUACAGUAAACUUGCAUUCCACACAAUUCCCAACUGACACUGCAAAAAUAUAUAUUGUGUUUAAGAACUUAAGAUUGUUCAAGCACUUGUAUUGUUUCUUUCUGUUGUACCAUUGUAAUAUAGCAUUUAGAAUUAAAUGCAACCAAUUUUAAAGAAAAAAAAAUUAACGUGUACAUCUUGCAUGUCUAGUUUUAUCCAUCGAAAUUUAAUUAAUCAUUAAUAUUGUUUUCUUAACACUUUUGUAUUAUAAACUAUCUAACCUAUAGAGGAUGUUGCAUAAUGUGGGAGUGCAAAGAAAAUUAAAUGUAAUUGGCAUUUUUAGUUGGACUUUUAUUAUAGUUUUACACUACUCUAGCACCACCAUCAGAACGUUUUCAAAAGUUUGCCAUAAUACAUUUGCAUAGAUUUGUACAUUACCUUACUUUGGGAUUUGAUAUGCUUUGGCGUACCACAACAGGAAAUAUCACAUUGUAUUAUUCACUCAAAUAAAGCACCCUUUUCAAC